AUGUCGUCCUCCAAGCCGAUAGUACCUCAUUCUCCUAAAAGUGCACGGAAGUUCGACCGUGUCGCUUCGAUAUUUAGAAGAAGAUAUGAUAACUCACGGGCUACCGGCGAUUUAAAGACUGGAAUCGUCCUUCGCUACAUAGCGCUCAAUCUCACAUCAGAGGAGGAUCCGGGAAAAGCGGCCCGAUACGACAGUCUGGCGCUUGAAUAUGGCGAGAAAUACGCUGAAACGAACAACUUUGUUGACCUUGAGACCCUCAUAUGGCAUCGCCAAAAAGCCCUCGAGUUGACGUUACCUGGGGAUCCCCAGUAUGAGAUCUAUCUUGAGAGUUUGUUGGAUAAACUGAGUAUGAAAUACGACGCAACAGGAAGCUUAUCGGAUCUUGAUAUGGUAAUCGAAUCUCAUAAGCACUUGAUCGCUCUUACUCCAGCCGUCGGUUUUGGUAGACAAGUUGACCUAAAACUACUUAGACAAGUUGACCUAAAACUCCUUGGUACUGAGUAUGGAUACCGAUAUGAAAAAACAAAAUCCCUCUCAGAUUUUGAGGAAGCGGUUCGCCAUUACAACUCUGCUAUUGACUUGAACCCCAAUGAUAUAUUGUUGGUGCCGGGUAUAUUUGAGCACCUUUCAUCUAUAUCUCGAAAACGAUAUGAAGAAACGAACGAAGAAGACUACCUCGAUGUAUCAAUAACAUACGGCGAAAUGGCAGUCAAUUCAACUCCAGAGGACAACAGCGACAAGGUUUGGCGGCUUCGCAAACUGGGGAUUAGUUACCAUUCGAGGUUCUUAAUAUCGCACUCCUUAUUUGAUAUCGAGCCGGCGGUUCAUUGUUAUCGACAGGCUCUCGUCCUGGUCCCGGAAAAUUCUCACGAGCGCUUCGAGCUUCUCAAAUACCUAGGGCUUUGUUUUCGGCAAAAGAGCGAUGAAACAUUUUCCGCAGACGACCUGAUGGCAUCCAUACAGUAUUUUGAAUGUGCCUUUGAGGUGGAAUCAUGUCACCGUGAAGACCGUCAAAGUCUUUGCAAAGUCAUCGGAACAGAGUUUACUGCUCUGUAUCGAAUGACAGAGCAUCUUCCGUACCUUGAUACAGGUAUCCAAAAGCUUCAUAACUAUGUCAACGAGGUUUUAAUUGGCAAUCCAAGGGAGAUGUUAGAGUGCCUGGAAACACUCGCCCUUGCGUAUGAAUUGAGACACACGCGAAGUGGAGAGAAAGCUGAUCUCGACAUGCUUAUCCAGCAUUGUAGGAGAAUCCUCGAUGCAAUCCCAUCUGGUAACCCAUAUCGUCCCAAUUACCUUGCAGGGCUUGCUUCUCGAUACGAAUACUGUUACUUUCAAACUGGUGCUCUCUCCACUCUUGAUUUCGCAACUCAGCUACUCGAUGAAGCUAUUAUUAACAUUUGUCCUAAGGAGGUUGCCAAAAAGAGCAGUCAUUACGAGUCAAUUUCUGCAAAUUAUAGGUAUCGGUAUCGUAGAACAAACGAACUUGAUGACCUCAAUAGAGCCAUUCAAUAUUCUAUAGAUGGUCUUUCUUUGACACAAGAGGGCCAUGAAGGGCCCCCAAUGCUUCUCUACUCCCAUGCAGAUCUUUAUUUACUUCGGCAUAAGAGAAACGAAAGAAUAAUUGAUUUAGAAACAGCAAUGCAGUUAAAUCAUCAAGCACUGGAUUCAACGCCAAUUGACGACCCUCUGAGAGAAUUCGGACUUCGAAAACUGGGGUAUAUAUACACAGAGAAGUAUGUGAUCAGCAAAAGUGAUGCAGACUUCGAUGCCGCCAUUCAAUACCUUCAAGCUUCACUCGCAAAUCAGUCCCACGAUCAGCGGAGCGUGGCAAAUACACUUUAUGCACUUUACGAAUGUUGCUUCCGUAAAUAUCAAGUAACAGAAUCUUUGGAGGAUCUCAAUGCGGCUAUUAAAUUCUGGGAACAGAUGUCCCAUCACUCAAGUCAAUAUCCCCAUGCAAACAUGAUCAGCAAAGCAACAGACCCCGGAUACGCGUUGUGGUUACGAUAUUAUCUCCAUACGGGCGAGGAAGCGGACCGCGAGGCAGCAAUUAAUAACUUUCGAAUAGUUUUGGACAGCGAUAGAGCAUCCGUAAGCGACAGGCAACUUGCUGGAGAAAUUCUACUCUUCGCUCAUGCAGAAAACGGGGAGUGGACAUCCGCAUAUCAAGCUGCUUGCAAGACGACCCAUCUUCUCUCUUUUCUAGCGCACCAUGCUCUCGAAAACCACGACAAGCAGCACUUUCUGGCAGAAGCGGAAUCCUUGGCUUCGGAUGCUGCUGCUAUGGCAGUUAUGACAGAAGAAAAUGUAUAUGAGGCGAUUGAACUCCUUGAGAUCGGACGUGGCGUUAUAAUGAACGCCCUCAAUGCAAGAAGACUAGAUCUUUCAGCUCUCCGUGAAGAUUGCCCUUCAUUAGCUCAAGAGUUUGUGACUCUUCGAGACCAACUCUAUGAACUACACCAGUCAUCACUAGAGAAUAUUGAUCAACGCCACGAGAUAAGCGACAAAUUCGAGCAAUCCAUCAGGAAUAUCAGAAAACUGAAGGGAUUCGAUCACUUUUUGAGGCCCCACUCAAAAAGUGAUAUGCACGCUUUUGCACAGCGCGGGCCAGUCGUGAUUGUCAAUACGAGCAUCUAUCGAUGCGAUGCAUUCAUCAUUGACCAAGCGAAAAUGUAUACCUUACCGUUACCCCAGCUACGACUUCUCGACAUCAAUGAACAAACAACGAAACUUGAACAUCUAGACAGCGAUGUACUUGAGUGGCUUUGGGACACAAUCGCAGUACAUGUUCUAAAUAAACUGGGGUUUUGCCAGAAACCUCAGGAUGAUGAUAUGCCUCGCAUAUGGUGGGUUCUCACUGGACCUCUCAGCAAGUUUCCAAUCCAUGCAGCAGGAUAUCAUAAACAGAACUCGGCACAGACAGUCUUGGAUCGAGUGAUAUCAUCUUACGGUCCCUCUGUUGCUAUGCUCAUCUACGGCCAACAGAGCUGCGACCAGCUAGACAAGCCCCAGGAGACCGGCAAGGCUGUCAUUGUGGGCACAAAGGACCUUUUCUAUGUAACCGAGGAGAUAGAAAACGUGGAGGAUAUAUGUAGCUCGAUGAAGCUGGAAAUUAUGAAGCCCAUGCCCCGCCGAAAAGAUAUUCAAUCAGCAAUGGACAAUUGUACCAUUUUCCACUUUGCUGGUCACGGGCGUAUGAAUAGCUUGGAUCCAUUGAAAAGCCAUUUAGUCUUGGAGGGUGAUUCACUUACCCUUGACGACAUACUCAAAUCAAAUUUGGCCAGCCACCCUCCGUUUCUAGCAUAUCUUUCUGCUUGUGGAACUGGCCAGAUUGGGAAAGAUGAGUUAGUUAACGAAGGCCUCCAUCUCAUCAGCGCAUUUCAGGCUGGUGGAUUCCAGAAUGUUAUUGGCACUCUGUGGACGGUAGAUGACAGAAUCUGCAUGGAUGUGGCGACCGAGACAUACAAAUGGAUUGCCCAUAAUCAAAUGCGCAGUAGAUCGGUCAGCGAGGGACUCCACCGGACAAUCCGGCAUCUACGAGAUCAUUGGAUCUUGGCCAACACUGAGCAUAGGGGAGACAAACACAGGGGCCCUGGAAGGGCUCAGAAAGUGUCACUCAAGUCAAGAGACAUGAUACCCGUGGAGGGAGACUCUCCACUGCUGUGGGUUCCAUUUGUUCAUUAUGGAGUCUAA